ACAGUAGGUAUGGGCUCUGACACCUUCUGUCAGAUGUCAGAAAAGUGAAAAGUUCAUGAGAGGGGUGGGAGAGGUCAUCCAUAAUACUGCUGGCCUCAAAUAAUGGAAAUCAAAUGAAUUCAUGCUAGUUUAAAACUUUCGAUUUAAAUAAAGUGUGAUGAGGGAUUUUUACAGCCUUAAAGUGCACCUAUUAUGUUUUGUUUUUUUUCCAAAUAUUACCUUUCAUGUAGUGUGUUAUAUACGUAGCUGUUUAAAAAAAAUCAAAGCGCACGACAAACGGCGUUAUCGACUCCCAUAAGAAGGAAACGCUUCUGAACAGCUGAAACGAGUCGUUAGUAAUUCCAGAUUUUACUUCCUGUACUAACCUACGUAGGUUUGAAACAUGUUUCAUCGGCUGCUCGAACAACCAGAGCUGAAACUCAUUAUGGUAGUGGGCGUCUCCUUUUCCCAAAACACUGACAGCUCUAAACCAAUCACAACAGAGACAUAUAACCAAUCAGAGCAGAGUAUGCUCUCUGAAAGGAGGACUUUCGAACGAAUCAUUUAACGAGUCGUUUGUGACACUGGUGGGGGGGAGUUAAUGCUGCAGUUUAAAUUACGAGCACAUUAACCUGUUUUUUAACCUCGGAUGCAUGUAAAUCUAUUGUAUGAGACCUUUAAAGAAAAUGAGGCGCGUUUCAAAAUCAUAACAGGUUGCGCUUUAAUACCUGUCCAUUAGAGAAAUGAAAAAAAAAGAGACUCGUUUGGGAGUUCUGAAUCGAUUCCUGGGAGUCGGCUUUGAAAGAGUCGUUUUAGGCAUGACUCGCUCCUGAUUGGUCAUGGAUAGGAGGCAGGGUGAGGCUCGAGCUGUGGAGCCAUGUCCUCCUCUCCUCACACUCAGGCGGCUUGUUCUCCUCUUCUCUAGUCUGAGUUUCUUAUCUUCCUGUGUGCAAACUUUUAAAGAAAGACGACGUGCUGAUUCGGAAUGCAGACAUCUUCACCGUGGUGAUAAGAGACAUGUGAAGGACGUCGGAGCUUUGAGAGAGAGAGAGAGAGAGAGAGUUAAAAUGUUUGCCAGAGUCGAGUCCAGUGCUGGAUCUUCUUUUGCAGAGAAAGUAAAUGUGGAGUCACAGCGCGUGAGCAUCAUGGUGGCCUUCCUGUGCCUCAGCCUGACCUCUCUGCUUGCCCUGGUCACGGCAGGAGGGGUGAAGAACUGCCACCCGAAGUGCCGCUGUGAGGUGGAGAGCUACGGCCUGUUCGACAGCUUCAGCCUCACCAAGGUGGACUGCAGUGGACACGGACCGGACGCCACUCCCAUCCCCAUUCCUCUAGACACGUCGCACUUGGACCUGUCCCACAACUCCAUCAGCUACAUCACCGACUCCAUGCUGUCAGGACCCGGAUACACGACUCUGGUCAGCUUGGAUCUCAGCAAGAACCUCAUAUCACGAGUGAGCUCCAAGGCCUUUAACAAACUGCGCUACCUGGAGACCCUGGACCUCAGCCAGAACGUUCUGGAGAACCUCAGCGAUGGAUGCUUCUCCGGUCUCCCCUUAACCGAAGUGGAUCUCAGCGACAACAGAUUUCGCGAGUUCGACCUAAACGUUUUCAACACACGAGGCCCGGAAACCCCUAUCAGCGUAGAUCUUUCUAACAACCUUCUCAGCGCGAUCUCGAGAAACCCUCGCCUCCAUGCGCCGUACAUCAAGAGCCUGAUGCUGGCAGGCAAUCAGCUCAGGACAGUGCCCAGACUUGCAGGAAUUCCCUUGCAGUAUUUGAGCCUGGAUGGAAAUCUUAUCCGCAGCAUCGAUGAAGGAGCCUUCGAGGAGCUGACGGAUCUCGUCUAUCUCACUCUCAGCGGCCUCCCCGAGCUGUCCGUCAUCCAUCCGAACAGCUUCAGAGGCCUGAGGAAUCUCCAAGUCCUGGACCUUUCAAACAACUUUCAGCUCAGGACUUUGGGUCCAGAUGUGUUUAAUGGGCUGAGUGCUUUACAGGAGCUCAAUCUGUCCAAAUCGGUAGCCACUCCGUUACCUGUGACCAUCUUUAACAACAUGCCAAGUAUUAAAAGUGCGACUCUGGGGCCAAAUAUGCAUUGCUGGAAAACUCACAAGCAAGGACAGUUUCACAGGCAGAUAGGACAAGCGAAAGCAAACGACAUUUUGACCUGUGAUGUUCCAGGAAUCAUAUUGUAAAAAAAAAAAAAAAACUUCAAAACACACUAAAUAUUGUAUUUUUUAUUCUUUAGUGCCUUAUUUCUCUGCGACUGAUAUUCUCACUUUGACUCCUUCAUCGGGCCUCGUUUAUUCAUACGUCAAUGUUUUCAUAGACCAAACUGAUUCAGAUUCGUGACAGAUUUAUAAAUGUUUCCGUAACGCCGAUGUUCUUCACCCUCCCGCGUACGUCGAGAAAUAUCAAUCAGCCGUAAACAACAAGUACAUCCGCGGCACAGAUUAUUUCCAUUUAGCCACGCCCCAGAAUCUCCAUCAAAAGGCGAAGCUCACAGAGACGACUUAAACGAUCAAAGUGUGCCUCCUAAAUCUUCCAAUAAUGCAGCUUAGCCACUGCAGAGCAUCGGCUACCGUGACAAACACUACUGCACCACUUCCUGCUUAGGACACCAUUACGUUUGUCCUAGUUGAAUGGCUAGGGUUAUUUCUCUUAAUUUAUACAUAGCUUUCUUUCAAGUGAACAUUUUCACUAAAUUGGUGAUUUAAACUUCUUUAGUGUAAUCUGUAUAUAACGUUGUAGUGUCUCGGCGGAUGUAAGAUUUGAUAUUUGAUGAGAUCAGUCAGUUUCCUUAUGUAAAUUAGUAAAAUUUUCAUUUUCAUGAAUUCCAAAUUGUCCUGUUAAAGACGUCCGAAUCGGUUCAUCCUUAUCGCUUUCGCUAAAUGAGGCCCAGUCGAGGUUUUUGCACAUGAAGCCAACCGAUAUUCAUGAGUUUAUACAUUUUCAGUCUAUUUUUCUACAGAUUUAUAUUUAUAGUAUUAAGAGUUCAUUAGGAGCUCAUAUGCACUUUAAGUAGACCUGGCCUUUCUGUUCUUGUUACAUUCGUUUAAUCCUUUAAUCCAGGUAUUUAGCCGCUUGCGUUUCCUCACAUUUCUUUUAAAUAAGGGGCUGUGUUUUUUUUUUGUUGUUGUUUUUUUUUUUUUUUAUUACAUUCCGUGCAUUACACUUUGGAUGUGCCUGAGGCAACUUCGAGAACCACUUUAUACAUUCUAACCAAAGGGGAAUGAAAUCUCAGUGCCUUAAUGUGACGCCGUGCACGUGUUUCAGCCUGCUAUGGGCUUACGGUACCGAUGGAUAUUUCAAGCAUUUGCACGUUUCAGACUUUGGGAAGAAAAGUAACGACUGGAGUCAGGUUCCAUCCCUCUUCAUAAAACUCGACUCCCGAUCUGGCGAACCGGCCGACGAGCCGAAAUGGCGAACCGUACGUUGAGGAUCAUUUAAAACGUGCACUCUGUUUCUAACAUCAUUUUAAGCUCAUGGCAUUUAAUCAAACGUUUAAUCUAAUCGUGCAUUUCAAGUCCAAAUCAUAAUGGACCUGGGUCAAAAAUGUUUGUUUUGCACUUUAUCACCAUACAAAAUGAUCAAUUAAAAUAACAAUUGUAAUUUUGGGUUUUGUAUAGAAUUGUACAUUUGUACCAAACACUACAUUUUUAUGGUUAAAUAAACUUUUUUUUUUUUUUUUUACGUCGUCUUACGUGAGUCACUUUCUCAAACGCCUCGUUUAUGCACUUCUACACGAUCCCGUCGUA